AUGGAUGAAAUUACACGCCCGAGGAAAGUACAAUUCUCUCAAUCAACCGAUGGCGGUGAUAGCAAUCAAGGAUCUUACAGUUUAGAUCCUAGAUUUGACGAUUACCAUUUGGAUUCAGAUUCGCAAGGUUUACAGAUACAGCUCAUCAAAAACUCGUUGAACAGGUCUCACUCACGGCCUUCAAGUGUUUCAUCUGCAGAUACUUCCAACUCGCACGAAACUAAAUUUCUGCCUCAUGAAUCCACUUCGGCAACCACAGAAACUCCAGCGUCUUCUAAUCCUUCAACCCCCACUCAGGAAUACGCAGUGCCGAUCCCUUUCGGUGAAAUUGAUGGUCUUCCACAACCCCCGUCUUCUAAGAAAGGCUCCUUCGACUACUAUACAAAGAAAGCUAGAAAAUUAGUCGGGAAAAAGUCAGAAAGCAGUCAUAACAAGAAAGACAAAAAAUUCAUCACAAACAAACAUGAUCCUGAAUCUGGCGACAUUUCUCACUCCCAUGAUGACCCUUUCAGCUUAGACUACAAGCCAUCCAAAUCUAGAGGUGUUCUCUCCACCCUACUCACCCUCCAAGAACAAAGAGAACAUCAUAAGGCUAAAAAGAAGGCUAAAAAGCAAGCAAAGAAGGAUCGACGCGCUAGAAGUGUCUCUACGUCUUCUUCUUCUUCUGCAGGUACUGUCUUGAGUAACUCAGGUGCUGCAGAUCAACUCCCUGAAAAACCACCUCCUACUUCAAAACCUCAAUUGCCAAGAAGCCAUUCUGAAACAAAUCUCGCUGAUGUUGCUAAUGGUGGUCUCUCUUCCGCUCAGGAAGAGGAUAAAACUUACAGACAAUACAAACCUUCUGCUUUCCGCAUCCCUGAUCAAUUAAGAUUGCGUCCUGAGAAAUACAGACCCAAAACUGCUAGAUCUUCCGCAGGUGUUUUUGGUGCGCUUGUCAGCUCAGGUCAGAAUUUAUCUGGCUUCGUCAGCCCCCAUUCUACAGCGAUUACGCCGAAUCUCAAACACAAAGGGUAUAGACUGCAGCGAUACUCGCUCGACCCCACAUUAGACAUCAAGGAGUUCACCAAGGAUAAUCAGGAGGCUGAAAAGGCUGAGUCGUUAGAUAUGAAGCACUCACGCUCGUCGUCGACUGAUUUGGAAUCACUCGCUCCAUCGUCCCCACCGCUGCACACCGCUCAGAAGAAGAGCACGCCCAAGUCGAUGCUCAAAGAUCAAUUUAACAAUAUGGCAAGUGGAUUCAAGAACCCGAAGUCACCUGCGACAACACCCGACGAGAAGAUGUCCCAGAGUUCAUCCAUCGACUACUUCAGCCUGCCACUCAAGGAGCGAGAGAAGGAGAAGGAGAAGAGUGAGGAGCGGGAGCUUAAAGAGCGCAAGAAGAACCUCGCUAAGCGUAAGAAGGAAGAGCUAUACAUUACUAUGCAUGUCGCUACAGUCCUCCAUCGACAAGAAUUCCUACUCAAGCUCAGUCGCGCGCUAAUGAUGUUCGGUGCUCCAUCCCAUCGUCUCGAGGCGCAAAUACAAGCUACAGCGCGCGUACUCGACAUACCCCUCCAAGUCGUCUAUCUGCCUGGACUUAUGUUGUUCAGUUUCGGUGAUGUAGAAUCACACACAUCGGAAACCAAAUUCUUGAAACAGUCAGCUACACUUGACCUGCGCAAGUUGCUCGUCACCCACCAGCUCUAUUGGCGCGUAACGCAUGACGAAAUGUCGGUCAGCGAUGCGUCUAAAGAGUUAGAUGUGUUGAUGACACAGAAGGACAAUUUCAACGCACUGUCUAAUAUAGUCAUCGCAGGUUUCUGCUCAGCUUUCAUCACUCCAUUUGCCUUCCACGGCUCUCUCAUCGACGCUUGUCUCGCUGCUCCACUCGGCAUGCUUCUCGUAGCUGUUCAGCAGAUAGCAGUAAAGAACGAUCUGUUCACUAACAUAUUCGAGAUCUCAAUGGCAGCUGUAAACUCUUUCCUUGCUGCGUCGUUAGCAGAGACUAACAAAGCAUGCUACUCAGCUGUAGCUUCCGGAUCGGUUGUGUUGAUCUUGCCUGGAUAUAUUAUUCUCUGCGGCGCGCUGGAGAUGUCAGCGCGGAACAUUAUAGCAGGCAGUGUGAGAAUGUUCUACGCUAUCAUCUUUUCGUCUUUCCUCGGCGUCGGCAUGUCGAUUGGAUAUCAGUUUUUCAGACUAGUGACAAACCAGUGGGACAACGAUGACAACAGCGCAGGUAGCGAUUACCGCUGUGCAUCUGUACAUACGCCGGAUGCCCCCUUUUACCAGAAAAGCAUAGAUCCUUAUUGGUACAUUCUCUGCGUACCUAUUUACGCCAUUUUCAUCAGUUUGCGCAAUAAGGCUAGCAUCAAGAGCAGGGAGCUACCUCUGAUGGUAAUAAUUGCAAUUUGUGGCUUCACUGUUAAUUACUUUGUCAGACAGCGUAUCUCACGCAUUGAUCUGUCUAGCGCUGUCGGCAGUUUCACUGUCGGAUUGAUUGGUAAUCUUUGGGGCAAAUUCACUACUUCCAGACCGGCAUUUACUAUGACUGCCAGCGGUAUCAUGUUACUCCUCCCAACUGGUUUAUCUGAUGGCGGUAUUUUGUCAGUUGCUACGACUUCUACUUCUAACAACUCUCUUGGACUCGGAACUAGUAGCAGCCUCAUUCAAGCUGCUAUCGGCCUCACUGUCGGCCUUUUCGCAGCCGCCGUUGUUGCUCAUCCUUUUGGUGGUACACGUAGGAGACGUGCUGCCAUCUUUUCCUUCUAG